AUGGAAGAAUACAAAGCAAAAUAUGCCAUACACGAAGCCUGCCGAGAGGGCCAAGCAUCCCGCGUCGACUCCCUGCUCGCCGCAAACCCCAAACUCGCAAGCCUCCGCGACCCAGACGAUCGUCUCCCCAUUCACUGGGCAGUAUCCUACAACCACCUCCCUAUCGUUCAAACUCUCGUGCAGGCCAAGUCCUUCGACCCCGACGUGACAGAUGGUUCCGGCUGGACGCCUCUCAUGAUGGCGUGUUCCCGGAAAGACGCAGAGGCCAUAGUCGACCUACUGCUCUCCAAAGAUGCCGAAGUAAACGCGAAGAACAAUAACGGCCAAACUGCCUUGCACUUUUGCGCAUCGAAAGUCAACCUCGAUAUUGCGCGGACAUUGCUGGCACAGAAGCCACCGGCGAGUGCGCGGACAAAGGACAAGAGGGGCCAACUUCCACUACACCGAGCAGCGGCAGUGGGCAGCGUACCGAUGAUGAAGGCGCUGUUAGAAGCAAAGAGUCCGUUGAAUGCUACCGAUAUGGACGGCAUGACAGCGCUGCACCAUGCGAUGAGCGAGGGGCACGGAGACGCGGCGCUGCUACUGUUGACCAUGGGUGCAGAGCACGAUAAGAAGGACAAUGAUGGCAAUCUGCCGCUGGAUCUCGCGCCAGAUGCGAAGACCAGGAGCUUCAUCUUGCAGGCUGCGGAGAGGGAGGGUAUAGAUCUGCUGUAG